AGCGUGUCUGCCGUAUCCCGCAUUCUGAUGUUCACAUGCUCAGAUAGUAAGCUACAGUCACAGUCGCGCGCAGCUUGCUCAUCUGCAUAGACAUCAUGUCUGAGUUUGUUCACAACCGGCCAUCUUCUAGCAUCAACACCGUCUUCCAGUAUCCCUUCGCCUCUGCGCCAGACAUCAUCCGAUCACACCAGAAAGAUGCCUACUUCCAGGGCGUACUACUCGAGCGGCUCUCUUCCGUACUACGGAAUUUGUAUGGCGCGCGCUUUGCACAAACAAACAUGACGGGUACACGAACCUUUGCCGACCUGCUCUACCUAUCCUUGACUACACUGGUCGGCAAUCGCACACUCGGAGAGGAAUACUGCGACAUUGUCCAGGUGGAAGACGAUACUCUGCGCCUUCCAAGCGCUUUCAGAAGAGGAGGAUACAUAUUCGCUAGUGUCUUGCUGCCAUACGGCCUCACUCGCUUGCUACCAGCUUUCCGAAGGAAGCUGCGCGCAAAGCUAGAAGCUUCUCUGCGUCGACGAAACAACAAGCCCGACAAGACAUACGCAUGGGUCACCAAUCUGCAAUCCUACGUCUUGAGAAAUCUGGACACCAUCACUACACCUUCACCGAUACACGCCUUGAGCUUGACAGCCUUCUACUUCACCGGCGCCUACUACCACAUUGCAAAGCGUUUGAGCGGGCUUCGUUACAUCUUCACUAGACGUCUGGAUCCUAGCGAGCAGCGCAUUGGCUACGAAGUCCUGGGUUUCCUCUUGGUCUUACAGCUCGGUGUUCAAACCUAUCUGCACCUCCAUGAAACAUACUCUUCUGUUCCUGCUAUCAGCAAUCCUGCGACUCUGGCUGGAGGCACUGCAGUCCUGGACAACGGUGUCGAAAUCUCCUUGGAUCCAAAUGCCUACAGCUCAAACAAUGCUCUGCUGUUGGAAGAAGGCGGCGCACACCGUGAUACCCAUGGUCUUCACAGCAAGAUCUCGAGAAUGACGCAUACACCUCUGCCUCCUUCCGAGUCGGAUGCCGCUAUCAUCAAUCUUGAAGAUGAAGAUAAGCUGAAAUGGAUAGAAAGCAGUCAGCAGAGGAAAUGUACACUCUGUCUGGAGCCCAUGCGUGAUCCAAGCGCUACCACAUGCGGCCAUGUCUUUUGCUGGACAUGUAUCUCGGACUGGGUGAGAGAGAAGCCUGAAUGUCCUCUGUGCAGACAAGGUGUCUUGGGCCAGCACAUCCUACCACUUAGAGGUUGAUGCAACACUGUACACAUGCAAAUACUAAGAAACGAUUACAAGAACAACAGAACUUUCACCCUCACACUCAGCCCUCGUAUGAAUAGGUUUGCUAACGUGGAACGUAUACAAAUACUAAACAACCCGUCGACUCCAAGACCACUACUUGACUUUACCACAAGGCAAGAUCAUGCCAGACACCAUCUAACUGAUCUUGACAUCAUUAGCCUGUUUGUUCGCCCCUUUCGCAGCCAAGAAGCGUUUGUAAUCCUGCAACACAUGUC